AUGUCGACUACACAUAUGCCCUUCAUCACAGGGCCAGCGGCGCCUUCACAAGAGCAGCUGCGUCCAUCCCCACCACAAGGGCGUCUGUCUGCCAUUAUCCCGCUAUCCAAAGUCCAAGAGGUUCUCUGGGUAGACUAUCUCAGACAACCAUGGGCUACACAUUACUUUCUGACGCUCAAGGUCGACCUUGGCCAGUCUGAACUGACCUUGGAGAGCCUUAUGAACAACAUACACAAACUUGGCAGCAAAUACGACAUGCUCCGAACCACCUUCCACAUUGACGAAUCGGCCCAAAAGACAUCACAAUCAUACAUGGCCGUCCACGACGCCGAAGACUGCUUCCAAAACAUCGAGAUUGUAAGCGACGACGCCAAACUACAAGAAGCUCUGCGCCGCAGUCUCAACCUCUCUACCGAAUUCCCCGUCCGGUGGAUUAUACAUCAGAGCUUUACAGUUACCAAUGGCAGCUUAAAGUCCGCUUAUACCCUCUACGCUAUGGGCCACCACAUUGCCGUAGACGGUUCAAGUAUGAGCCACCUCUCUCGCGAGAUUUUACAAUUACUCUCUGGUGAAGAACUACCAGAUAUGUCCGCCUCAUACGGAGAGUUUGUUCAGCGCCAGGAAGCCUAUUUGCGUUCUUCUGAAGCAGAGAGUGCCACGGCCUUUUGGCUAUCUCAGGUGGCCAACACCACGACCUACAACUGGAAGCACACAACACCUCCACCCCAAACCACUUCCCAAGAUUACCGUGAAAUCAGCACAUGGACAUUCUUCGCCAAUGAUGAGCUGGCCGCAUGGUCCAAGCUCUACCGCACAUCCUGGUUCCGUGUUGCCACAUCCGCUAUUGGUCUCGUCAUGGCUGCUCACGCAAAGCCUACACCGCACCACGACGGCAUCUUACAAGUUGCUUUUGGUGCCCGUGAGCCUCGAUUCGCAAGCUGUGUCUCUCACAUGGCCAACACUAUGCCUAUUCGCCAGCCUGUGUCAGCGCUCCUACAAAAGCAGGGCUCUUCGUUUGCUGAGUUAGUCAAGCUAGUCGGCAAGAGCAUCUCGGCUGCCAAGAAGAACGAGAUGCUGCCCUUUAUGUCGCUUGUCGAGGCCACACUAGCCAAGGGCAACGAAAGCACAGCUGCUAGCAAGGUGGCCGUGACGCUAAGCCCCAAGUUGGCUGACGAUCGCUGCACAUUGUAUCCUGUCAAUGGCGUUUGGGAUCUUUUCUUCUGCUUCUUGGAACACGAGGACGGCGUGGCCCUUGGUGUCAUUAGCGAUCCUACCGUCUUUGACAAUGCGGCCCUUGAGGCCAUCAAGGCCAACUUUCUGAGCAUCGUCAAGUUGUCUCAGCAGACGGCUGACUUUAAGCUUGCGGAGCUUCCGUGCUUUGAAAGCCGUGAGAUUGCGACACUUGCUGGUGGUCCUUCAGUGGAAGAUGAAGAUGCAGUGGUAUCAUCGCGUGUUGCAGACUGGAUCCAUAACCGUGCUGUUGCUCAGCCAGGGGAGAUUGCCUUGUCGCGCGGUGAGGACAACACCUCCAUGACCUAUGGCGAGUUGGACAGUCUGUCUGAUCAGAGAGCUGUUCAUCUUCAGAAGCUGGGCGCUGGCAGAAACGACGUGGUUGUUUUGCACGUGAGCCCAUCGUUUGAUAUGGUGGCCUGGAUUCUUGCGAUUCACAAAGCUGGCGCUUGUUUCGUCGUUCUAGACAAGAAUUUGCCGCUGGCAAGAAAGCAAGCUGUGCUGCGCGUAGCCGAAGCCAAGUUAUUUGUUUCCGACUCGUUUGACACUGAAUACUUUACAGACUGCGCAGCUACGCCCAAGAUGGUCAGCGUUUGGGCUGGUGAUGAUGUCCCUGCUGGUCAGCGACCCAACGUUGUUCAGGACGCACAGCCUGAUGAUCUUGCCUACCUUGUCUUCACUUCUGGUUCAACCGGUCAGCCCAAGGCCAUCAUGGUCGAGCACCAGAACCUUAGCAGCUACGUUAGCGCAACCCGAAACGUCGUCAAGGUUGGCUCUGGCUCGCGCGUACUCCAGUUUGCGCCGUUUGCCUUUGAUGCUUCCAUCUUGGAAUGGGCGGUUACUCUAUCCUACGGCGCCACCCUGUGCUUUGUUGACCAUCCCACGCUACUGGUUGGUGACUAUCUUGCCGACAUGAUCGACUUGAACAAGAUCAACUUCUUCCACACAACACCAUCGGUUCUAUCCACAAUCCCAGAUAGCAGAGCACUCCCAUCGCUGAGAAUGCUGUCUGUUGGUGGUGAGGCUUCCUCCUCGGGACUACUGGACAAAUGGAGUAACAAGGUACACCUGGUCCAUGCCUAUGGCCCUACUGAAACAACAGUCAUCUGUGCUACAGAAUUGAUUGUGCCAAACUCUGAGGGCAAGCUACCUAACCCGUCCAACAUUGGCAUUGCAAACCCCAACGUAUCCAUUAUGAUCUGCCUGGAAGACGCUGAGGAGGCAUUGGCUGCUGAAGAAGUCGGAGAGAUUUGCAUUGUUGGAUCCCAAGUCACACGUGGAUACAAGGGACAGCCAGAAUUGACCGCCCAAAACUUCCGCACUAUUCAGCGUGACGGAAAGACGGUCAGAAUGUACCGAUCUGGUGAUCGCGGCUUCAUUAGUGCCGAAGGAAAGCUACACAUUCUGGGCCGCAUGAACAACCGUGAGAUCAAACUGCGUGGUUUCCGCAUGGACCUUGCCGCUAUUGAAAAGAGCAUCUUGGACCACUGCCCCGAGGUCAUGAUGGUUUCGACGCAGGUCAUUGAUGAGAAGCUCGUCGCAUUUGUCUGCCCCAACACGCUCGAGGCAGCACAGAUUCGCGAGAGAAUCGCUCUCGAUCUUCCAUCAUACUCUAUCCCAGGCGAUAUCGUCGCUGUCAACAGCCUGCCGCUGAAUGCAAACGGCAAGGUGGACCACAAGCAGGUUCUCCUCCAGUUCCACAGCCAGAAGAAGGAAGACUCUGUUAAGCCUGUAGUUCCUAAACUAGUUGUUGCUAACAAAAAUAGCAACAGUAGCCUGCCCAAGAGCCAAGCUGUAGAUACAGGUCUUGCUACUCGUAUGGAGGCUUCUAUUACGGCGCUUUGGCAAAAGGUACUUGGAUCGCGCGAAGCUCCUGGACCAGACGUCACCUUUUACAAUGCUGGUGGACACAGUAUCCUCCUAACAGCUCUGCACAAGGAGCUCAUUUCCCUAUACCCUGAUUCCAAGAUCUCUCUUCUUGACGUCUUUUAUAACCCCACGGUCCGCAGACAAGCCGUCCGUCUUGCCGAGCUAGUUGGAAGCUCUGGCAUCAUCUCCAGCAAUGCAUCCGACAUCUCUGCGGACCAGAAGCUCGCAACUACUCCAGGAACUCCCUCUUCUGGUCAAUCGACCGCCAAGACCUCGGUUGUCUCGACUGAUGACGGAUAUGCCAUCAUCGGCAUGGCGGGCCGCUUCCCCGGCGCUGACUCUGUUGAUGACAUGUGGGAUCUCUUAAUGGAGCAGCGCGAUGGAAUCAGUACAGGCGACGGAUCUGGUGCCAAGGAUGCUGACCUGAACGAGGGAGAAGUCUUUGUUCCGCGAUACGGUAGCAUUAACGGCCUCGACGACUUCCGCGGCAGCAAUUGGAAUAUGUCAGACGAGGAAGCUCGAACCUUGGAUCCUCAAAAACGCAUGUUCCUCAUGAUUGCCAAGCAGGCCCUCGACGACGCCUGCAUCGACGUCCAGACAGAAGAAGGCUCCAACAUUGGCACCUUUGUUGGCAUCGCGCCCAACACAUACCUCGAGUCUGGCGCGCAAGCCUUGCCCCAAGAUACCUUUGAGCGCCGAUACAAAGUCGUUCUUGAUCCCAACGCAUCAACAUUGACGGCGUACAAGCUCAACCUGACUGGUCCCAGCAUGGACAUCAACGCUGCCUGCGCAUCCUCGCUCGUGGCCCUGCACCAGGCCAUCAACUCCAUGCGCGCCGGAGACUGUGAUGCCGCUAUUGUCGGUGGUGUCUCUAUUGCGUACCCUCAACUCGGCGGAUACGCCACGCAAGACGGCAAGAUCUUCUCCAUCAGUGGCCAGUGCCGUCCUCUCGACGCCCGUUCUGACGGCUCCGUGCCCGCGGAUGGCGUCGCCGCUGUAAUCCUGAAGCCUCUUACGGCUGCCCGUGAAGCUGGAGAUCGCAUCUAUGCUGUGAUUGAAGGCCACGCUAUCGGCACUGACGGCGCCGUGGACAAGAUUGGUUUCACUGUGCCCAGCUCCUCUGGCCAAGCCAAGGUCCUCAGCGCGGCCAUGGCUAAUUCCGGCGUGGCGCCCCAGUCGAUUCGCUACGUCGAGAUGCACGGCAGUGGUACGAGCAUUGGCGACGCCCUCGAGUACAAGGGCAUUGAGCGCGCCUUUGCAGCAUAUGAAAAGGCUGUCCGCAGCGGCGGCACAUUGACGAGAAUGGCGUCAAUGUGCAACAGUGGUGCUGUCUCGCCUACAGGAACUGAGCAGGCGGCUGACUUGUCUCUGCUUCCUCAGGCGCGUAAGCUGUUUGUCGGGUCUAACAAGGGCAACUUUGGUAACUCGGAGGCCGCGUCGGGCUUGUUCUCGCUCAUCAAGGCAACGUUGGCUCUAAGCAAGGGUGUUGUGCCUCCAAUGCGCCGGCUCGGAGAGUGCAAUGAGCUCAUGGGCGUCUUGCCAACCAGUGCGCAGCCGCUGCGUGCGCAGUUGAAGUUGGAGACAGGUGAUCGUAUUGGUGUCACUGCGUUGGGAUAUGGUGGCGUGAAUGCCCAUUGUAUUCUUGCCAAUGCGGAUUCCAUCUAA